UCAUCACUGACCCGGAAUUCCUCCUACUUGUGAGACGUCCAGAGGGAAAAGCGGAUAGCAAUGAUGUAGGGGUUGAUGAUGUCAUGUAAUGUGUGGUUUCAGGUGCUCACGCUUUCCGAAGGGAUUCCCGCACUUGUACUGUCCUCGGUUGCACUGAAACUACUCCUAUUGCCAGUGUCGGCCGAAUUCUAUUCCUGACCUCGCCUCCCCGAAACGAAGAUGAAACGUCUCUUGUGACAUUCUUGUAAUAGGUGAGAAAUUAUAUUGGUAUUACUCAUCCAUGGGCUUUAUGGUUUAAUGGGCGAGACAUCCCGGUCCAUUGCAGGGAAAAAUCCUGAUACCCUGACUACUCGUCAACUUCGUUGAUCCUCGGAUUUGUCCCCCAUUAGCAUUUAAAAGCACAUCCAUUUUUUGGUAGCGAACGACCCGGUUCCGAUGAUAAUGGACGACGCCAGUAAACGCAUCAGCUCACCCUCGUGUACAACUCAUGUUCCACAGGAACCUGAACAAGAGUUGAUACUCAUUAAAUUUGACGAAGGGGACCCACGCGAUCCACAAAACUUCUCUUAUGCGCGGAAGUGGGCCAUCACGCUGACAUGUUGUGUGUUUGCUGGAAUCACGGCAGCAUCAGCGUCAUCUUAUUCGAUCAGUUAUGAAUCGAUGAUGCAUGACCUAAAUUGUACUCAACUUCAGGCGACCGUUGGACUGAGCUUGUACGUGAUAGGUUUCGGGAUUGUCCCUUUGAUUACUUCGUCAUUCAGUGAGGAGUGUGGCAGACGGCCCCUUUACAUCGUGUCGUCUGUAUUAUUUAUGCUCGCUGAAGUUAUGAAUGCAUUGGCACCAAAUAUACAAGUUGUGAUUGUGUCGCGUACACUACAAGGAGUUUUUGGUUCAACUGGUUCAUCCUUAGUCGGAGGUAGCAUCGCUGAUAUAUGGCAGCCACAUGAACGUGGAUUGCCGAUGUCUUUGUUUGCAUUCUCAUCGAUAUUCUCUUUUGGCCUCGGGUCAGUGUUUGGGGGGCUUAUCGUUACCAGUCCACACCUCGGUUGGCGGUGGGUGCAAUGGGUGCAUGUCAUGUUUUCUGGGGCAUAUGUUCUUGACGUCGUCCUGGUGAUGAGCGAAACCCGUUCGUCCAUUGUUCUAACCCACAUCGCCAAGGCUACCAGAAAGACGACCGGCGACUCUAGGUAUCGGUCCAGCACUGAAAUUGGCAGACCAAGCAUAAAAUCUCUGAUAAAGACGUCGUGUACACGGCCCUUGUAUCUACUCUUGACUGAACCUAUUGUGCAGAGCUUCAGUGUCUGGUGUGGCUUCACUUGGGGGGUCGUGUACUGUUUGCUUGAAUCCAUCACCACGGAGUUCCAGUCUGUCUACAACUUCAGCGUCAGCGAAACAGGAUUCAUAUUCCUUUGUCAGAGGAAAGUUAUUUCACUGCACGUUGUUGGAGCCAUCAUUGGAUUCAUUGCGAAUACGUACCAGGAGACCUUGUACAAAAAAUACUUUUCGAUAAAGGGCCAAGAAGCACGACUAUACAUGGCGUGUGCCGCUGCUAUUGUCCUGCCCGUCUCAAUGUUUAUCUACGCAUGGACAGCAUCACCUAACAUUCCUUGGAUAGUACCUCUGAUUGCAUUAACUGCAUUUAUGUCUGGCGUCUUCGUAAUAUUCCAAGUUUCAUUUUUGUAUCUUGCAGACUGCUACGGUCCAUAUACCUCAUCGGCCCAAGCGGGGCAGAGCUUGUCUCGAAAUUUUAUGGCAUUGAUCUUCCCACUCUUCACGCAGCAGAUGUUCACUGGUAUGACAUAUAAGUGGGGACUGACACUCUGGGCAUUGAUAUCGGUGGCGAUGGCACCGAUUCCAUGGGUCCUUCUCUUCUUUGGUUCAAAGAUCCGCUCGCACAGUAAAGUCUCUCGCAAAAUUCUCGAAGCUGAACAACAGCAAUUGGACGGCGAGAAAACUAUUGUUUCCAGCCCAACCGAGGAAAGAAGUAUGCAAGUGUAACGAAUACUUGGCAUAUCACAACGACUGUAAUGACCCUUCAUGUGAACGUCAACUCAUGAUUUGAUCUCCGAUAGAUUUAUGUAGUAUAGGUGAAUGCACGCGCCCUCCGAAGGUGACUACGGCCAUGACU